AAAUGUUGUGCUUCGUUUGCAACUUCAACCUUUCUUUGGUUCUUCGCCUUCGGCGGAGCUAGGGAUUUUAGUGAGACAUAUAUUACGAGCAGUUCCUCGAAAGAAAUUUCUGGGGGCUUCUUCGUUAUAUAGUGUUGUUCCUGCUUGAGUUGAGCUCAUAGGGGGAGCGUUCAGGUUAUUUAGCCCCUUGGCGAUGGAGAGGCAGGAAGAACCGGUUGAGGCUGGACAACGUUCACUUGAUUUGCUCAGGCUCUCAUCUAGGUGGACGUCGGCGGAGGAGGUGUCAUUUUCGGCAGCGAAGACGGAGGAGGAGGAACCGUCGUAUCUCAACACCUUUAACAGUUCCGGAAUGUUCCAAAUGGUGUCUAUGGACAAGAUGUCGGUGCAGUAUGUUGGAAGUCCUCAACACGGCUACGACGUUGGAGCCGUGCAGGCCAACUGCCCGGCGCCAACGAAGAGGAUCGCCUACUACUUCGAAAUGACUGUCAAGAACGCCGGGCAAAAGGGCCAAGUUGCCAUCGGCUUCACGACUAAAGAGUUCAACCUCCGAAGACAGCCUGGAUGGGAAGUUAAUAGCUGUGGAUAUCAUGGGGAUGAUGGAUUUCUUUACCAUGGGCAAGGAAAAGGUGAACCAUUUGGCCCGACAUAUACAUCUGAUGAUACUGUAGGCGCUGGAAUUAAUUACUCUACUCAGGAAUUUUUUUUCACGAAAAAUGGAGAGCUUGUUGGAACUGUCUGUAAGGAUAUCAAAGGUCUCUUGUACCCAACAAUUGCUGUUCAUGGGCCAAAUGAAGAGGUGACAGUCAAUUUUGGGAGGCAACCGUUCCGUUUUGACAUUGAGGUGUUUAUGUUGAAGGAGAGACUAAAACAAGAAGAGUUAAUUGACAAAUCAACCUUAUCGCCUAAUGUUAGCCAUUGGAUUGUUCGUUCCUAUUUGCUGCACUACGGAUACCAAGAAACAGUAAAUUCAUUUGAUGUUGAGAGUGGAAUCAUGUCUCCACACAUACCUUCUCCACAAGAAAAUGGCUUCCAGGAACAAGGAGAUGCGUAUGCAUUAAGCAACAGAAAGAUUUUGCGGCAGUUCAUUAGAAAUGGGGAUAUUGAUUCUGUAUUUCGUAACCUGCGUGAGUGGUAUCCUCAGAUUAUGCAGCCAGAUACAUCUGUGAUUUGUUUCUUACUUCAUUCUCAAAGGUUCAUUGAAUACAUUCGGGCAGGACAACUGAUGGAGUCUGUAAACUAUGCUCGUGCAGAAUUGAACAAGUUUUUUACAAUAAAGCCAUUAGAUGAACUGCUUGAGGAUGUGAUUGCAUUACUGGCAUACGAGGAUCCUUCGAACUCUUGCGUUGGUCAUCUUCUUGAUCCAGGUCAACGAGAGUUCGUCGCCGAUUCUGUUAAUGCAAUGGUUUUGACCACUAGCCCCGGCACAAAAAGCAUGGAAGAUUGUGCGUGCUCUCGUCUCGAGAAGUUAUUGAAGCAACUAACUCAGUGUUCUUUGGAAAGACGGGCACUUAAUGAUGGACAAGGAGAGGCGUUUGAUGUGCACAAGCUAGUGCAUACCAAGAGAAUGUCAAGUAUAGAUAAAUGAGACCAUUCAAGUAUUUCACUCUUUUUUGUAUGGGCUUGCUGCUUCUUCCAAUAUAUUUACGGUUCAAAAUGCAUAUAUUUGAUUUCUUCUUUUUCGGCUUUGCACUUACAUCUUUCUAUGGUACAUAAGCGCAGCGUUUUAUUGUAAAUUGUAUUGUUUUAAAUAUCAUGUAAUUACGCCUUGAAAGAG